GUAAUUUUUCUCACCAGGAUGGAUAAUGUCACUCUAAUAACACUGUUUGUACUUUCAGGUUUAAAUGAGACAACGAACCACCGAGCUGUUCUCUUCUUUCUCACUUUACUGUGUUACCUUUUCAUUUUGCUGGCAAAUGUUGCUCUUAUUGUGAUCAUCAUCUUGGAUAAGAACCUGCAUGAACCAAUGUAUAUUCUAUUGUGUAUGUUUUGCAUGAAUGGGCUUUAUGGGACAGCAGGUUUCUACCCCAAGUUCCUCUGGGAUCUGCUUUCUCCUGUUCAUGUUAUUUCUUAUGCUGGAUGCCAUGUUCAGGCUCUGGUAAUGUAUUCAUUUGCCAGCACUGAUCUGUCUGUUCUUGCAGUCAUGGCGUAUGACAGAUAUGUGGCUAUAUGUCGACCUCUAGACUACCACUGUAUUAUGUCAAAGCAAAGACUGUUAGUGUUAGUGUGUUUCUCCUGGUUAGCACCUUUUUGCAUUGUGGGCAUAAAUGUUAUUCUGACAUCUAGAUUAAAGUUAUGCAGCCCAUUUAUCACCAGACUUUUUUGUGUGAAUUGGAUGAUUGUUAAACUUGCUUGUUUCCCAGCUGACACUAUGGUUAAUGGUAUUGUUGCAUACAUUAGUAUAAUCAUUUAUGUCUUCCAUGGUUUCUUUAUAGUUUGGUCCUAUAUGUAUCUCAUCAAAACAUGUGUGAAUUCAAUAGAAAACAGGAGGAAGUUCAUGCAAACAUGUGUGCCACAUUUAACCUCCUUACUCACCUUCCUUGUAACAAUAGUUUUUGAUGUCAUGAACAUGCGGUUUGGUUCAAAAGAUUUACCUCAGACUGUUCAAAACUUUAUUGAAAUACAAUUUCUUGUCAUACCUCCUGUUAUAAAUCCUCUCAUUUAUGGUUUCAAAUUGACAAAGAUUCGGAACAGAUUUCUGCAUGUUAUUACUUUUAAAAACAAAUAUUAAGUUGAUUUUAAUUAAUGAAUUAAAAUGAAAUAUGCAUUGCUUAACCAGCUGGCUCUUUUGCUUAUGAGUUAAAUCAUCAGACUGAAGAAUGGAGGUUUUGUACAUUUACCAAAUGUUAGCUAUGUCUUGAAGGAUGUCUUUUAAGCUGAAAAUUUAGCCUGAAAAUUUUAAUGCAUUUAUGAAUGUAGAAUGUUUUUUACCUUCAAAAUUUCGGCUGCAUUCUAAAAUAAUAAUAAUAAUAAAAUGAUGAUAUUAUAAAAUAUAUAUUUCUAUAAGCAUUUUCUUUUGUUCAUUUACUUAAUUCACAUUUACCCAAGUUUGCUUAUUGUACAGUGGUUUACACUGUUGUGUGUACACAUCUCAGACAACACACUUCACUCUAUAAAUAAAUAUAAUAAGAUCUGAAAAUAUAUCAUCCUAUAUUUGUAACAUAUUUGUCAUGAACCUGCUUGUGAAUAAACAUACACAAAUGAAACACUUAGUGGACUGUUUAUUUGGAACAUUUUCUGCAGGAUACAAGAGGCCUUCCUCAGGAUGUUUGUGGCCUUGUGUCUGUGUCUGUGUCCCAGUAUCCCAGCCUCCCAUGUUCCAGGAGGGUUUUUAACUCAAAUAUGAUGGUGUGGCAGUAAACUACAAUGAAGUUAUAGUACUGAAAAUGGUUUGAAACAGUUGUUCCAGUCCAUAUGUUGACAUCUGCUGGCCAAUGUUUUGUACUACAUCUGUAUGGACUGAUCUAAGGUAACAUACCAUAAAACUGUGAUGACUAACAGAAUAACAUAUACCUGGAUUAGUCAGUGUGAGUCUGAAAAUUGUUGGCAGCAAACUCUAAAUUGAAGAAUAAAACAUGCAUUCAGAGGGU